UUCUUAGCCUUAUACGAGGUUUGAGCCCAAAAUAGCCAGCAGGUUCACCGCAGAGAUGGCUGACUGUUUGAGUAAAGUCCCAGACGUGGAGAUCGACCCGGAAGGGAAAUUUAAAUACAUUUUAGUGAGAGUGAAGCUUAAAGGUGGAGCUGACCACAAAGACAUAGUGAGAGGCACAAAGAGUGCUGAGUACCACAAUCAUAUCUUUGAAAAGUUGAUCCCUGCGAUGGACACACUAGGUCUGGAGUGUACCUGCCUCGGUGGUGGAAAGAUAGAGCAUGACAGCAACAAGAAGACACUAAGAGUGUUUGGAGAGUCCACGGGCUAUGGAAAGGCUGACCAUGCCGUCACAGUGGGAAAGCUGAGAGCUGUCUUCAAAGACUACGAGAUCACAAUGGAAUAAAUAAAUAAAUAAAUGAAAUCUGCUUUUCCCCUCA